ACUCUGUCACAAAUGGCCUCUCACUCGCACUUUCACUCUGCUUUUUAAUUAUAAUAACUCUAAGCUUUCAUUUUCUUCUUCUCUUUCUUCCUUUAUCACUCCUCCUCUUCCUCCUACGACUACUUCAAACUCUUAAACCUUCGUUCUCCCUAACUGUUUGUUUAUGUAUUAACAACUCAAGAAUAUAACCGUCCCUUCUUUUACUUCUUCCUUUGACUUGACUUCAAACUUCCCUUACCUGGUGUGUCUUCUCUUUCAUCUCAUUCACUAUGUCCUCAUCUUAUUUGUACAUCUGUUUCAACAUGUCAUUUCGUGGUGCAUGUGUUUAUUAUAAAUUUGAGGUCUAGAACUCUUCUGAUCGAUGUCAAGGGACAGAGAAAUCGAGGGCGAAGAAGGUAGAGAGGAUUUGUGCAUAAAUGAUCGGGACAUCUUGGAAGGAUGGGUGCUUGUUGGGGAUAGUAGUGAUGACCAUCUGGUCAGUUCACCAAAAAGGACAAAGCUCUGUGAGAGUAGGCUUCAUGGUUCUGCAGGUGAAGAACCUCAGGAUGCAGAUUAUUCCUUUGUUCCCUCCCUCAAUUAUGACAUGGAGAAUCUAAUUGUCGCCCGUGUUCCAGUAGGAGAACACUGGAAGUUUUAUUCGGUGAACAAGCGAUUUUUCUAUCUUAUGAAGAGUGGAGAACUCCUCAAGAUUAGAAAGGCAUUUGGGUUUGAAGAAACAACUGUGUUCAUGUUUGCAAGUGGCCAUAGCAGUUGGUGGGCAUUUGACAGACAGUUUAAGUCUGGUCGAAUGCUUCCAGAAUUACCAUCAGAACUGUGCUUUAAAUUGGGAGAUAAGGAAUCACUUUGUGCUGGAACUCACCUCAUUGUUUCAGGUAAGGAGGUAGAUGGUGGUGUUGUCUGGAGGUAUGAGUCAGAAACAAACAAAUGGUCCAAGGGUCCUUCCAUGAUAAGUCCCCGGUGCUUAUUUGCGUCUGCUACCUGUGGCACCUUUGCAUAUGUAGCCGGUGGGCUUGGGUUGGAGGCUGGUUGUGGCGUCUUAAAUACUGCAGAGGGGUACAAUCCACAGACAAAAUCAUGGGAUCAACUUGCAGACAUGAAUAAACAGCGAAAGCUUUGCUCAGGCUGUUAUAUGGAUAAUAAGUUUUAUGUAAUCGGUGGGCGAAAUCAGGACAAUCAGCCUCUUGAUUGUGGAGAGUGCUACGAUGAAUGUAAAAAGGAAUGGAAACUAAUUCCAGGGAUGCUGAAAGACUUUCCAGCUGAGACUUUCCAGUCGCCGCCCCUUAUUGCUGUGGUGAAUAAUGAGCUCUAUUCACUUGAGACAUCUUCGAAUGAAUUAAGGGUGUAUCUGAAAAAGAGCAACUCAUGGAAGAACUUAGGAUUGGUUCCUGUAAGAGCUGAUGUUAAUAGAGGAUGGGGUGUAGCAUUCAAGUCACUGGGCAAUGAGCUGCUUGUAAUUGGUGCAUCUGCAGCUUCUCAUGACAGUAUGAGCAUAUACACAUGCUGUCCCAAAUCUGAUUCCAAGGAAUUGCAAUGGAGACUUCUCGAGUGCGGCCAGAACCCACUUAGUCAUUUUAUUCACAACUGUUCUGUUAUGAUAGGAUGAAGGAGUUUCUAAAUAAACACUAGGCUCUACUGAUA